AUGAGGAAGACAUCCAUACUGAUUCUUCUCGGCAUCACUCUUUCCUGCACUCCCUUCACCAACACAUCUUGUCAAGGAAAUGAUUGCACUGACAACAAUAAAGCAAGUCACACACAUCAACCAGUCAACAGUGAACUACAACACGUUCAUUUGAUAUUCCACCACGGAGACAGAUCAUCGAUGCAUCCGAUACCAGAAAUUUAUAAUAAUUUUCAAGAAGUUUGGCCACAAGGCUUAGGCGAACUUACAGGUAUUGGUGUUCGACAACAAUUUCUUCUAGGCCAAUGGUUACGACGAAAGUAUGGUCAUUUCAUUCCUGAAACAUACACCAGUUCAACCUACCGUAUAAAGAGUAUGAAGAAAGAUAGGAGUUUGAUGUCAGCUAUGGCGAAUUCAGCUGGAUUCUAUAGUCAGUCUCUGUCACCUCUUGAUGAAUUCAAUGUGCACUGGUCUCCUGUACCUGUUCACAUACUGCCACAUCCUUCUGAUUUCCUACGGGGCAGAAAUCGAUGUCCACGUCUCAACUCUUUGAAACACCUCCGAAUGCAUAUGCAUGAUUCAAUCAAACUCGAAAGACAACACAAAUCUUUGUUUACAAUGCUGACAAAUGUCACUGGCUUGCAUGUUGAUCGAUUCAACAUCGGAAAGCUUGCUGAUUUCCUCAAAUGUAUGAAAGGCAGUAAUGUCUCCCUACCUGGUUGGUGCACGGAACAAGUGUUGCAUGAGAUAUUUGAAGUAGAUAACUUCUACUGGACGGAGAAAUAUGCAAAAUCUUUAGAAGUUGCUCGUCUACAAAGUGGACUGCUCUUCCAUAGUAUCGUUGAACAUAUCAAUCGAAUCAUUCGCGAAAAAUCUAUCAACUUGCCAAACAAUAUCAAAAUGUCUAACAAACAUAUGAUGGUCUAUUCAGUAGAUGAUAUUCAUGUGGCAUCCAUUUUAACUGCUUUUCACAUCUCCAACAAUAAAACAAUUGAAUACGCUUCUGUUGUAUCAUUGGAGGUAUACGGUCCUCCAGAACCAGUUGAUGCAAGUCAAUUGAUUGUGAAAUUAUUCUAUAAACGAGGUUGGGAAGAUGAAAAUGGAGAGUAUUUGUCCAUGCCAAUAUGUUAUGCUGGAGAGUUUUUGGAUGGCUGUCCUUUACCUGUUGUGUUGGAACGUUUGGAAUCAUUAGCUAUACAUCCAAAAUAUUAUGCUGUUGAAUGCUCUCCUCUCCUAGCCGAAAGGAACAACAAUAGCAAUACAACGGAUAUCUGGCACAAACCGGAAGUAUAUGGGUAUUUCGCUUUUUCAUAGCUUCCUUCUUUUUGUUAUUAUUGUUAAAUUGGCUUAUUGUGCGUCAACGCAAACAAAAAUGAAGAAGGGAAGAAAUUGGUGGAGAACCAAUUUUGAUAAAGUAGAUUAUGAAUUAUUUAUUCACUUCUAACAGUGAACUUUUCCAAUGAUGACUCUAUUGUUUCUUCAGAGGUUCUUCAUUUCUCUGUGCAUAACAUAAUGAACUCAUUUUAUCUUCACAAGUUUACUAUGGUAUACAAUUACAAACGUCAG